GCCGCUUUACUCCGCAGCUCCCGGCCGAGGGAUGACAUCGGGGAGGCUGCGCGGGCAGCGGAGGCGCUGAGCGAGCGGAGCCUGCCGGCUGCAGGGCGCCUCCUCCCGCGGGCUCUGCCGCUGCUCCGGCUCGCGUCCCGCUCCUGGAGCGGCGCCGAUCGCAGCGCCCCGGCGCCGGGGAGGAAGCGGCAGGUUCCCCGCGUUGCACGGCUCCGAGGGCAGCCCCGGGGACUUCUCGCCGCGCGGCCGGGAGCCGGGGACCGGCCGCUGGAAGUUGCCGGGAGUGGCUCGGAGCUGGUGGCUUCCCCAGCACUCGCAGCACAGUGGAUCUGUCUCCCUUAAGUCACUCUGGUUCCUGGCUGAAAGUUUGACAGUAUGGACAAGUCACCUUGAAGAUCUAGCCACUUAUUCUUUGUGAUGGAGAGAAUCUCAUCUGGUGUGCUUCUGCAUUCAGCCUUGAGCUUUGCCUUCUUGGUAUCUUGUUUCACUGUGCCCCAACAUUGGUGUUGCACCUCCCUGCUGGCUGUUCUCCUCUUCCUCAUUCACAUCUGCCUCAUUGACCUCAAAAUCAUCUCCUGCUGCCCAGUUUGGCUGAAGUUCUCAUCACUUUGGAUGUAUUGCGUCAUGGGCCCUCCCAAGGCCUGAUGGAUUUCUGAUAGCGUGCUACUGAAGAGCUGGAAAGAGCAUGGUUAAACACCAACCACUACAGUACUACGAGCCACAGUUGUGUUUGUCAUGCCUGACUGGGAUCUAUGGCUGCCGUUGGAAACGGUACCAGCGGUCACAUGAUGACACCACAAAGUGGGAGCGCCUCUGGUUCCUAAUCCUUACCUUCACUUUCUUCUUGACGCUGAUCUGGUUUUAUUUCUGGUGGGAAGUUCACAAUGACUACAAUGAAAUCAACUGGUAUUUAUAUAACCGAAUGGGAUAUUGGAGUGACUGGUCCAUUCCAAUACUUACAACAGCUGCUGCUGGCUUUCUGUAUAUCACAGCGUUAUUGAUUUUAGCACUAUGUCACAUCGCAGUGGGACAGCAAAUGAACCUACACUGGCUCCACAAGAUCGGCCUGAUGGCGACCUUGGUAGUUACUGUAGUAACUAUGUCUUCUAUAGCACAACUUUGGGACGAUGAAUGGGAGAUGUUAGUUAUUUCAAUGCAGGCCACAGCUCCCUUUCUGCACAUAGGAGCCCUGGCUGCAGUCACGGCCCUGUCUUGGUUGAUAGCUGGGCAAUUUGCAAGAACGGAAAAAGCCACUUCACAGAUGUUGAUAUUCACUGCAUACUUUGCCGUCGUAGUUGCACUUUACCUCGUUCCCCUCACUGUCUCAUCCCCUUGUAUAAUGGAGAAGAAGGAUCUGGGACCAAAACCUGCCAUCAUUGGCCAUCGUGGUGCGCCAAUGCUGGCGCCAGAAAACACUCUGAUGUCCUUCCAAAAAGCAGUAGAGCAGAAAACAUACGGAGUGCAAGCUGACGUAGUGAUAAGCUAUGAUGGGGUGCCAUUCCUUAUGCACGAUAAGACGCUCAGGAGGACAACUAAUGUGGAGGAAGUGUUUCCAGAGCUGGCUUACGAGCAUUCUUACAUGUUCAACUGGACUGACCUGGAGAUGCUUAAUGCUGGAGAAUGGUUCCUAAAGAGUGACCCCUUCUGGACUGCUGGCUCCCUCUCGGGUUCAGAUUACCUGGAAGCUGCAAACCAGUCAGUCUGUAAGCUGGCGGAUAUGUUGCAGAUCGCCAAGGACAACAUGUCAGUGAUCUUGAACUUUCAGGACCUGCCUCGAGAUCAUCCGUACUACAGCACUUACAUCAACGUUACCCUGCAGACCAUACUGGAGUCAGGGAUCCAGCAGCAGGCUGUGAUGUGGCUGCCCAACACGGAGCGGCAGCUGGUGAGGCAAAUUGCGCCAGGUUUCCAGCAGACUUCUGACGUCAAAGCAGACGCGGAGCGCUUGAGAGACAAAGGCAUCAAACAGCUGAACCUGCGGUACACUAAGGUCACCAGUGAGGACAUCAGGGAAUACACCGCCGCGAACCUGAGCGUUAAUCUCUACGUUGUGAAUGAACCAUGGCUGUUCUCUAUCCUGUGGUGUGCUGGCGUUCAGUCUGUCACGUCUGAUAGCUCACAAAUCCUUAGCAAGGUGCCUUUUCCCGUUUGGCUAAUGCCUCCAGAUGAGUACAAUCUAAUCUGGAUAACAGCUGAUCUCAUUUCAUUUACCAUCAUUGUAGGAGUUUUUAUAUUCCAGAAAUGGCGUCUGGGAAGCAUAAGGACUUACAACCCGGAGCAAAUCAUGCUCAGUGCUGCUGUCCGCAGAUCCAGCAGGGACGUCAAAAUCAUGAAGGAGAAAUUGAUCUUUUCAGAAAUAAACAACGGCGUGGAGAAUGCAGAUGAGCUGUCGUUAUGUUCUGAAAACGGUUACUCCAACGAGGGUGUCGCCCCCAUGGAUCAUCGGGACAUGAGGCUACGCAUGGACUGAGGAAUUAAAGGCCCGUGGCAUGACACCCUCCCCCCGCAGUGCUCCUGUCUGCGAUGGGUGGUAUUCACGCUGUCUGGGAUGGGGGAACGCUCUGUGGAACUAUUGAGCAUGCAGAGACCCCUUCUAUUGUUCUGGUUGCUGGCUCCUGACAUACUCUGGACAGUGAGGCUGGGGCAGAUUUUGUAAAUAUGUAGAAAGUCCUCUUUUUGUCUCUUUCGUGUAUUUUGGGGGGUUGUAUGUAUUUCUUCCAGGACACGAGCGGGACUAACUUGUGCAUUGAAACGGGAACAUUUUGGCCGAAUCUGAUGAAAUAUUGAGGUGACAUCUUGGACACUGGGGGAGACAGGCGGGGCAUGGACCUGAUCUUCCCCCUCCAUUCAACUCUUCCCCUUGGUGCAGCGAUUAUUAGCUGAACUUGUCUAAAACUAUGUUGUGAAGUUCUUGUGACAUGGCAUUUCUUUUUCUGGCUAAUGAAGUUUUCGCUAAUUGGAUAGAGGGCUGUUCAGAGCUUCCUUGCAGGAGGGAAGGUGCUGCUCCCAGAGUGUGUUCGGAACCAGCGGAAGGAAUCAGGUUGGCCGAAUCACUUUCACGCCCUCCCCCAGAAUAGCAGGAGGCAUGCAGGGAUCAUAUGAAAUAUAUGAUAGAAAGUGCUCAGAGCAAAACCCUUGGCAAGUUUUAUGGCCUAUACCGCAGUCCUUCCCCAGAGAAAUCUCCCCAGAUGCUCCUGACCGGAGUGAAGACCUUAAAUAGACCCCUAGUUGGUACUUCAUAAGUCAGUCUCCAUGAAGAAUCUCGAUCCCCUGAUGGCUAGUAGAGAGCACUCACCACCUGGCUCAUCCCCCUGGUCCAGCUGAAGUGCCCGCCACUGAGAACAGGUGGUGUAGUUUGUGUUAACCCUUUAACUGGUGGUGGGGAAGGGAAGUCACAAUCAGCAGUGGCCUGGUAACCGGUGUUUCACAGUCACAGGUCAAGCAGCUCAGCUUGAAGAAUUGAAGUUUGAAGAAGCAGCAAAGAAUGCUGGAUUGUAAAUAGUAAAGCACAAAGUGAAGCAGUCUAGGAGAACAAGGGAGACCUUCUCCUUAAUUCUUUGUUGUUGUGUAGAAGCAGUAUUUUUUUUUUAAAGACUGCACGUUAAUUUCCUCCAAAGGAGCGAUAAUGACAGAAAAUGAGGUGCUUGCACAGAGUAGGAGCUACCGUUGGCAUUUUUUCAGUGCAAGAGGCUUUAAACCAAAAUCCUACAUUAUAGUAGAAAAGCCCAGAAAUCGAGCAGAUCAGUGAUGCAUUUUUUCCCCCUCUCCCAAAUGUCAAUAUUUAUUUUCUCCGUCGACUCCUCCUCCCACUCCCCCCACACUGGGUCUCUCUUUCCACACAUCGCAGUUGGGACACAAAUGAAAGUCUAGGCACUUUUCCUUUGUGACUGUCAUUUCUCCCUUCUCUCACUGAGAUGAAGCAGGUAUGGGGCUAUUUCGCUUUUUCACAAUUUUGCCUGUUCUAAAAUCUGUUGCAGCCAGAGAAAAGACUCCCCUAGAUUUUAGUGGGCUUUGGCUCAAUCCCUAAUCUUUUGUGGUAUUUGUUAGUUUUGCCUCUUUACUGUAGCUGUGUUAGCCAGCACACACACAAAGGUGGAAUAUGGGAAAGAGCAUGGAUCACUUCUUUUGAAGUUCAUCAAAUGCUGCCUUGAAAACCAAUUGUGUGUGAAAUUUGGCUCUUGAUAAGGGAUUUGAGUCAAGUCUGCGAUUCUUCAAUCAAAAGUGAGGCGAAAUGGGAUUUAUGUGCAGAGUCCUGCCUGGCAGUCAUGACGGAACUGAAGCCAUGGCAUUUACCUUGCUAAACAGAGAGCAAACUCUCUUUAGGGUUGGCUGUCAAGUUGUACUGGAUGCCAGACGCAGAGUGUGUUAAUGGCUUUGCCAAACCAUAGUCAGAAUCAGGGCCGGCUGCAGGGUUUUUGCCGCCCCAAGCAGGAAAAAAAAAAAAGGGAGGGGGGCGAUCAGCUCUAGCGCCACCACGUCAGUAUUCGGCGGCUGGUCCUUCGCUCCGAAAGGGGGUGAGGGACCCGCCGCCGAAGAGCUGGACGUGCUGCCCCUCUCCGUUGGCCGCCCCAAGCACCUGCUUGCUGGGCUGGUGCCUGGAGCCAGCCCUGGUCAGAAUGGAAAUAUUGUCAUGAAAUUAUUUUCAAAAUGAUUUAAAACUGUAAACAUUCCCCAGCAGUGUUAGAAAGCCAAACCCAGGAGUGGUGGGUCUGGUGCAUAAGAACCGGGAAGUGAAACUGACUAGAAACAGAAAGUGAAACUGACCGAUCUAACUGAAUGAAGUGCAAAAUGUCAACAGCAUCUAGGUGGUGGGAGGAAAAAAAUUCUCCUUGAAUCUUUUGUUUUUAAUAAUCAAAGAUGUAACACAGGUAAGGAAUUAAAUAUAUUUAUAUUA